AUGGCUGGAGCAUACAGUGAGAUACAGGGUUAUUGGCUUCGGAGGCCGAGCGCUGAUGGCAGGUGGAGCUGCCAACGUCAAGCUACGAGCUUGACUAGGCACGUCUUCCAGCUGCUUCGCGCGGAGCCGCCUGAGACGAACGUGCAACCAGCUCUAGCUGCGGCCUGGGCAGCGGAGCUCGAGGAGGGCUCUCGGCGGCGAUCGGCACGCCAGGAUGUGGAUCCACCGUCACCUCUCAAACCCCUCGAGGAACAAAAGAGGCGCCAGCCUGAGACAAAACGGAGGAAGGUCGUCGUCGCCGCCGGACGUUCCUGUUCCCACUGCAAGGCGCUCAAGCUCUCCGAGAAAGACUUUCGCGCGUUGGUGGACUACGUGGCCGACCUGUUGGAGGCGCAGGGGGAGCUCAGUGUCCAGGCUCCUGAGGUUUUCUGGGCUCCGGGAUGCGGACUUCCUGCCACCUGUGCCGGAGUCAGCACCCGCGUCGUCGUGUGA